CAAAACUCGUAAGAACAAAAAAAUCUUGCUCAACGGAUAAAACUGGCCGGGGGAAAGCCACGCCGCAAAGAAUGGUCGAUUCCAAGGUCCUUUAGACACAGCUCAUGAGUUGCUCCCCAAGAUAAAGAAAAAAGAUAUGCCAGUCCUUGUUCACCCCUGUAAGUCUUUCUCCUUCCCCGACUCAUCUCUGCAGCUUAACAAUUUGAACAUACCAAGCAGAGCGCUUGCAAGCAUCCCCAAAUACUCAAUUGCAAAGCGUCCAAGUUAUAGCUCAUUUUCCACUAUUGGGUUGUCUAAAAGACUGAAAAUUUCUAGGAAUUUACCCAUUUGGGGAAGCAAGCGCAUUACUUUUUGCUCUAGGACUGAUGUAUAUGACGUUUUUUCGAGUACCCAUUUGGCCAAUAAGUCCGAAGGAGAUGUAAUUGAAGAGAAUGAAGAGCUUGAGUUGCUAGAUAAGCCUUCCCCUAUGCCUAUUAAUAAUGGGUCUGUUUCAGAAGUAGAUAAAGAUUCUGAAAAACUUGAUAAUGAUUCUGAGAAGCUUGAUAAAGACGAGGCCUUAGCGCCUUUCUUGAAGUUUUUCACGCCAAGAGAUUCUGCAGAUGGAGAUGGGGUAGAAGAAAAGGGAGGUGAGAUAGGAGUUUUUGAGGAAAAAAGUGAAUUGGAUGAUGAAAAUGAGGAAGUUGAGAAGGUUAAUGUUGAGUACUAUGAACCAAAACCGGGUGAUUUUGUGGUUGGCGUUGUUGUUUCGGGCAAUGAGAAUAAACUUGACGUGAAUGUAGGAGCAGACUUAUUGGGUACAAUGUUGACUAAGGAGGUGCUGCCUUUGUAUGACAAAGAGAUGGACUACUUGUUAUGUGAUACGGAUUAUGAUGCUGAAAAAUUUAUGGUUAGAGGGAAGAUGGGAAUUGUGAAAACUGAAGCUGUGGAUGGGGGAGCAAUUCCAGGGAGGCCUGUUGUUGAAACUGGAACUGUUUUGUUUGCUGAGGUUCUUGGAAGAACGCUUAGUGGUAGGCCUUUACUUUCGACUAGGCGACUCUUCCGGCGAAUUGCUUGGCAUCGAGUGAGGCAGAUAAAACAACUGAAUGAACCUAUUGAAGUUACAAUUACAGAAUGGAAUACCGGAGGCCUUCUUACAAGAAUUGAGGGUCUGCGAGCUUUCCUCCCAAAAGCUGAGUUAUUGAGUAAAGUGAACAACUUCACUGAACUCAAAGAGAAUGUGGGAUGCCGGAUGCAUGUGCAGAUUACUCGCAUGGAUGAAGCUAAGAAUGACUUAGUAUUGAGUGAGAAAGAAGCUUGGGAAAUGUUACAUCUUAAAGAAGGAACACUUUUAGAAGGAACAAUUAAGAAACUUUUUCCAUAUGGAGCCCAAGUGAGGAUAGGCGAAACUAACAGGAGUGGCUUGCUGCACAUAUCAAACAUGACUCGUGGUCGAAUUACCUCUGUCAGUGACAUACUUAAGGUUAAUGAGAAGAUCAAAGUUCUGGUUGUGAAGUCAAUGUUUCCUGACAAAAUAUCUCUCAGCACUGCUGAACUUGAAAGUGAACCUGGCCUCUUUUUAUUAAACAGAGAGCAAGUACUUUCAGAGGCUGAAAUGAUGGCAAAGAAGUACAGGCAAAAGCUGCCUGCUGUUCCCGGCAAUCGUAAGUCAGAAUCCCCUCAAAGCGAUGCUCUACCUUUUGAUAAAUUAAGCAUGUAUGCAAAUUGGAAGUGGUUCAAAUUUGAAAAGGAGGAGUAAGAACGAAGCUGAUGCUUAUGGUCGCCUAGUGAUACUGGCAAUUUAAAAAAGCACUAUUAAACUUUUCCAUCCUUCUCGAAGCCAUGCAUCCCUCGAGAGGUAAAAAGAGCAAAAUAUUUUGUUUUAGGAGUAGUCUUAGAUUGGUUUAUUUACUUCAUUUACCUCAUGACCCGUUAGAAAAUGUGCAGAACCAAAAAGUAUGAGAUGCUCACAGCAGAAAACAUGAUUAUCAGUUUGAGUAUUCUCAUGAAUUUUGUAAAUCGUAAUUUGUUAUUUCCUCUUCUCUUUUACA